AUGCAGAGAGCGUUCGAAGAUCUGCGCGCACAGUUCGCGUGGAGUAUCCUCCUCAUUCAUCCAGAUGAAGAAUCAUCCUUUAUAAUUUACACCGAUGCUAGUAAGAUCGCCAUAGGAGCUUUACUUCUGCAGACUACCGACAACGGCGAGACUCGCAUUGUUUCUACUGCGUCACGAGUCUUGUCCCCGGCAGAACUUUUGGCGGUGGUGCCAAAUUUAGAAUCUAUGUUUACGGCCACGAGAUUAAGUUAUGCACAUACAGAAAGAAACGGAAGAAAACUGGAUCUUAUCGUUGGGAACCUCAGCUUCAUGACAAGGUUUCAGCUCCACCCAAGUAACUUCAACAGAGAAGGAGGCUUCACGCUUGGGCGAUCAUGGGAUCCGGCAACAUAG